AUGUCAUCAGAUAAUAUGGAUUCUGCGGUAAAUGCUAUGCGUGCUCUACAAGAUCGUAUCAAUGAACUACAAAAUGAAAAUGAAAUCCUUAAACACGAUAUAACAAUUCUCCGUUUAAAUUUAUCUGCACAAAAUUCAUCUAACAUGGCGGUAGACGCUCAGUUAAAUAGUAAAGCACAAACACUUGCAAGUGAAUUAAAUGCAGUUUCACAAUCAUUAAUUACAUUAAGGCAGCUUCGAAGAGAUAAAAACGAUUUAAAAGAACUUAAUACAAAAAUACAAGCAGAAUUGGGUCAACAAUUAAGAAAAAAUAUAUUAAUGCGUAAUAAAAUAAAAAUAUUAAAAUCUAAACUUGACGAAAUUCUUGGAUCAGAAGACGAACUUGAUGCAAUUCUUUUACAAUAUGUUCUUCCAGAACCAUCAAAAUCAAACUCUCAUCUUGACAUUCGCUUUAAUCUGAAUAUGAAAACGAAGUCGCCUAAUUCAGAAUCCGCAAAAUUACAAGUUUUGCUUAAGCAGGUACAAUCUCUUCCAGCAACUCCUCACGGCGAAUCCGUUAACUUUAAGAAUGAAAUUUUUUCAACUCUUUACAAAGUUAAAUCCAAAAUAGAUCAGUUAAAAUAUGA